AUGUCUAUCCUCGAUAAACAUGAGCAAAUUGCAAGUCGUAAGAAAGACCACAUUCUUUUGUGUUCAACCGACUCAGUCAACAGCCACGUCACUACACAUUUAGAAGACAUCACUUUAAUCAAAACGUGUUUUCCUCAACACUCGUUGUCUUCUAUUGACAUUUCCACGGACUUUUAUGGGACUCAUUUGAGUGCCCCAAUUAUCAUUGGCGCGAUGUCUGGGGGCUCUUCCGAUGUUAUUUCGUUCAAUAAGGCUUUAGGAACUGCUGCGAAUGCCACGGGGGUUGCGAUAGGAGUUGGUUCCCAACGAUCUGGUCUUGAAACGAAGGACGAGGGGAUAUUAGAGUCUUACCGAGUGAUACGGGAGUGUGCUCCACGUGCGUUUAUAAUAGGAAACAUUGGAGCCGUGCAGUUAACCGAGAGUGGAGAUGUUUUAGAUGAAUUAUUAGAUAUGGUUCGAGGCAAUGCGAUGGCUGUGCACUUGAAUUGGGAACAAGAGUUGUCUCAACCUGAAGGUGACCGAGAGAUGUAUAGUCUUUCUCGACUUGAAGAGAUCAUCAAGAAUUGGGGUGGGAUAGUCAUAGGAAAGCAAGUUGGUCAUGGGAUGACGAAGCAUGAUGGGAUGAUAUGUCGUGGUCUUGGUAUGAAAUGUGUUGAUGUUGGAGGCUUAGGAGGGACCAGUUUUGCAGCUGUCGAAGCUCUUCGUGUCAAUCGCAAAUUGAGUCAACUUAAUGAAGUGCAUUCAAAUGGAAAAGAUUUAAAAAAAGACUUUCAAAGUGUUGGACAUUUAUUAUGGGAUUAUGGUAUACCUACUGCCAUGUCUUUAUCAGAUUGUUGUACCAUUGAAGGACUCGAUGUAAUAGCUGGGGGUGGAAUUCGAAAUGGGAUGGAGAUAGUCAAGUGUUUAUCUUAUGGGAGUAUCGCGUGUUCCAUAGCACGUCCUUUUGUAUCCUUAGCUCUUAAUGGCUCCACUGAUUGUAUCACUUACAUCGAAGAACUAAAAAAAGAGAUAUCUUCUGUGAUGUUCCUAACAAAUAGUAAGACACUAAAAGACACUCGCAACAUCGACAAGAUCAUUUCUGGUGACUUGUCUCUUUGGCAAAGUCACACUUUCCUCGAAAAUUGA